AUCAAGUUCACGGCGGAUCCGGGCGAGGCGCACAACCCGCCCCGGUUUGGAUCGGACCUUCGAGAAGGCAUCCGCCGUCCGCCUCUGCCCCGGUCAACCCAAGGCAUCCGCUGUCGUCCUGCCCGGCGAUAUUCUGCUUGACUCCGAGCGUCUGCCCCGCCGUUGUUUCAUACGGUCCAUCCGCCCGCUGUCCAGAAAGCGACGCUCCAGCAUCCGCAGCACAGCAUGAUCGACAUCAAAGCCAUCUGCUCUCUCCCCAACGAGAAGCUGGUCAAACGCCUGCCCAUGUCGCGGCUUCCAGGCGAACUCACCUUUGACGAGCUUUGCGUCAUCCUGCACCGCCUAUUCCGACCCCACCUUUCGGCAUCGUCCGAGAACCUGGUCCUGAAAUACGCUGACGAAGAUGGGGAUUUGGUCUGUCUUGAGACCGACACUGAUAUUACCCACGCGCUGACUCUCAGCACAAUCUUGAAAGUCCAUGUGUUUGACAAAGUUGCCCUUCCCUAUCCUGGUCGCGCCGGCCUCUCACGUUUGUUGGGCGACGCCGAUUCGGUUGAGGCUGCCAAAGCCACCCUGCUGUCGAUGAAAGGAGAGAUCGAACACUUGCUGCAGGUGCUUCAGGUCGCCGAGAAAGAGCCUCGUCCCGUCCAAGAUAAAGCCACGACGACCCCUCCGAUCGGCCGCCUUUCCAAGUCAGAGUUGUCUGAGUUUUUGCCUGCAUCGAGUGCAGCGAUCAAAGACACAGGCAACCAGCAAGCGUUGGUCGAUGGCAGUAUCCCCAGCCAGACUCCACAGCCUCAGUAUCCGCUGACUCAGGCCCAGACUCAGGCCCACCUACAGCACAAGCCCCAACAAUACCAGCAACCCCAGUACCAACCGCAGCAGCAGCACCAACUGCAGCACCAGCAGCAGCAAUAUCCUACGGCCUAUGCAGCGGCUUCUGCUGCCACUUCGGCCUAUGGAGCUGGUGGCUAUUCCCCUCAGUCCUAUCCCCAGUCUGUGCCAGCUGGACAACCUUCCAACCAAGCGACCGGCUCGCAGCCUGGCUACGGAUAUCCCAACGCAGCCCCCGCUGUGUCAGCGCAAUAUCAGCAAGGAUAUGCGCCUGCUCGACCGCCUGUGGCCACUUAUGGAAACGCCGGAUCGCUGACUCCCACACAGGGCUAUGUCCAAGCAUCAGCGCCCGACCAACCCGCAGCCUACAGCAAGCCCGCUCCCCCCGUACCCCCACUGCCCCAAGCUCCGCAGAACCAACAUGUCCCGCAAGGUCCAGCAGGCAUAUAUGGGAAUCAACAAGCUCCUCCCGUGCCGCCGGCUCCAUAUCAGACGGGACAGACCCAGCGAUACUAAAGGGUGAAUGUGUAGUAGUUGGCCAGAAUCGUGAGACAAGCAAAAGUGGGACCGCAGGGAAAGUCUUUCAAAUCGGUGGAAUGCAGGCCGAAACACAAACAAAAUAAAGAGUACGACAUCGACAGAAGGUGGACUUGUGAUACGGGAUUGCUGCAGCGAAGGUGAUGGAUCGAACAGCGCCUGAGAAAGACCAGAACCGACAGAGGCACCUCAAAGAGAGAAAGAGA